AUGGAAGAUCAAUUGAAACGUCUUGAAGCUGUAACAAAUCGACUUGAGUCUGUCGUUCAUCAGCUAUCAUCGACUGGUGGUUCAUCGCAUACAAAUAAUGAUUCGGCAAAUAAUGUUGAUAAUACUCCUGUAGUACGUGAUUACGAUACCAUAAUCAAUGAAUCGGUCAAACCAUUUUUAACGAUUUCACAAAAGAUUGGUGGAGAAUUAGCGACUAUGAGUGAUCAUGUUAAACGUCUAUUUGAUGCUCAACAACAAUUUUUAAGACAAGCUGUACAAUCGACUAAACCGAAUGAUCAAAAAGUCGUAGAAGCAAUUAAACCCCAAUCAAGUGAAAUCGAAGCUAUAACAAGCUUGUCAAGCAAAAAUCGUAAAUCAACAUUAUUUAAUCAUCUAUCGGCUGUUUCAGAAGGUAUUCCAGCGCUAGGUUGGAUUCUUGUUACACCAACACCUGGUCCACAUAUCAAAGAUAUGACUGAUGCAGCACAAUUUUAUUCCAAUCGUGUAUUAAAAGACUUUAAAGAAAAAGAUGCAACUCAUGUCGAAUGGGUUAAACAAUGGAUGAAAAUAUUAAAUGAUCUCUAUACUUAUGUUCGGCAACAUCAUACCACUGGCUUAGCAUGGGCUUCGCAAGGUAAACGUGAGUUCGGUUCAGUGAGCGCACCAACGGUCAAACAUGUUGCAGCUGCUGGUGGACCUCCUCCACCACCACCACCACCACCUCCUCCGCCACCACCACCGCCAAUGUUCUUCGAUACUAGUUCUAGUGAAGAUGUUGAUAAUAGUCGAGCUGAAUUAAUGAGCUCUAUAAAUGCAUUGGGUCAAGGUGUAACAUCACAUUUGAAGAAAGUACCUGAUGAACUUAAAACACAUAAAAAUCCGCAACUACGACAAAGUGCAGAGCAUGAAUCUGAUCCUCAUGGUAAAAAAGGUACAUCACAAUUGAUUGAUGGAAAACCAGUUGUUCCACCUAAACCUGGAAAAACUUCACCAUCACAAACAACUGUUAAACCACAAACGGCUCGUGAACCAACAUCAGCCACUGGUGGACCACCGAAAUUAGCUCUCGAAGGUAACAAAUGGGUAGUUGAAUUUCAAACAGGCAAACAUGAUCUUCGAAUAACUGAAACCAAUAUGCGACAUUGUAUUUAUAUAUUUAAAUGCACGAAUUCAACAAUAACAGUUGAAGGCAAAGUUAAUUCAAUUGUUCUUGAUCAGUGUACAAAGGUUGGCCUUCAAUUUACAUCGGUUGUAUCAUUAGUUGAAUUCAUUAAUUGUAAAAGUAUGAAAGCACAAGUAACUGAACGUGUACCAACAAUACAAAUUGAAAAAACUGAUGGUUGCCAUAUUUAUUUAUCGAGUACAUCACUUGAUACACAAUUCAUAACAUCAAAAUCAUCGGAAAUGAGUGUUAACAUUCCAAUAGACGAUGGCGAAUAUAAAGAAUAUCCAAUAGCAGAACAAUUUAAAACCUGCUUCAAAGAUGAUAAACAAUUGGUAACUGUACCCAAUGAAUCAUCUGGCGUUUGA